AAAAACAGUGUAAUUGUGCAUUACAGUACGGUACCGUCUGCUCAGUUACCAGCAUCACAUUCGCUCGUUGCUUUUCCAAAGAAAGAAAGACAAGGUUCUGAUCUAUCGCCAGCUUCAAGACGAUUCCCCCCCCCCCCGAGACAUUACCGGCUCGAGUACUCCUACUCUCACCAACCCUAGGUUCCCCUAUUCCCGCAUUAGUUCCCUCGCUUGCCCGCAACUUCCACACUUGCUCCCCAAACACCCGACUCCCUAGAUGCGGUUGAAGCCAUCACCACUACCCUGAUCCUGCCCCUUAUACUCUCCCCACCGCCUUAUUCCUUCCCAGACCCCCUCUAACUUCGUGAGAUACUGGUCGUUAUCCUUGAGGAGUCUCGUUGCAGGAUCGUGACAUUUCGAUACCGGUAGAAUGCCGGAUAGGCACUUGCGUAUUGCUCGCUUCGUGAGUUUAGCAGCUUCGAUUUGUAUUUCGCUAGCCUGUGGAACAAAUGUUCGAUACUCCAACGCUUCCGCCCCUCCCGCAACAACAUGUCACUAAUCCGGGCUGCACAGUAUGUCUAUUCGGCUUAUGCCCCUCAGCUAGCCACUAGGCUCCACCUCACUGCUACGGAGAGUAAUUUGAUUGUUAGACCUCCUUAACAACCCUUAAAGAUACCUUUCCUGGAAUCGGUUCUAACCUGAUACGCAGGGGACGUUCGGGAAUUUAGGUUAAAUCCAUCAGCAAAAAUCUCGGAGAUUCUUAACUGAUCACCCCACGGAAUGCAGGAAUGUAUCUUUCGGGUUGGAUCUUGGCUCCCGUGGCUUUUGCUUUCCCGACGAAUUACUUACUCGAUUAAAUAGGAAUACCGAGUGGAAUUCUGGUGGACACUAAAGGACCCCGGCUGCCUGUUCUCAUCGGUGCUGCGGCAUUACUCAUUGGGUACUAUCCAAUAUACCUAGGUGAAUAACCGAAUCACCAACCCCCCCCCCCGAGCGGUAUGGCGUGAUCUAACCCUACCUAGCUAUGGAGGGUGGGAAGGGAUCGACGAAUAUCUUCGCGCUGUGCUUUUUCUCUACACUUACGGGUGUCGGGAGUUGUUGCUCCUUCGGUGGAGCUAUGAAAGCUGGUACGAGCAAACCCUAACCCUUAAAAUGUCAAUGAUAUCGGGCCACUUUCACUGACCCCCACCCAAGCUGCUUUGAAUUUCCCACAAAAUCGAGGGACAGCAACGGCUCUUCCCCUGGCGGCUUUUGGCCUCAGUGCCUUCUUCUUCUCGUUCAUCUCUUCAUGGCUAUUCCCGGGGAACACCAGCGACUUCCUGCUUGUCCUUUGCCUAGCGACCAGUAGCAUGGUGUUUGUGUCAUUCUUCUUCCUCCGUGUCAUUCCUGUUCCAGGGGCAUAUUCUGCAAUACCCGCUCGGGGUAUGCCAGGAAAUAACAGACUUCGCCGGACUAAAUCCGGUGAAGGCUCACGCUCGCCGGUGAUGAAUUCCUAUGUCGAACCAGGUACGAGCACCACCAGUCGUGACACAAUCGUUGCAGUAGCGAAUCCGGAUCCCAUACCAGAUGAAGGCUCUUCAUUCCUCACGAAAUCCUCUUCAAGUGAUGGGAGUGAGGAGGAUCAAGUGGAUGCGGAAAGUAAUUGCGGUCAAAUUGUUGGCAAUAGUGACAUUUAUCAUGGCCAUCAUAUAGAUAUUCGUGGCUGGGCUUUGACCCGCAAGCCUGAAUUCUGGCUAUUAUUUGUCCUCCUAGGGCUUCUCGCUGGAACUGGCUUGAUGACCAUAAAGUAUCUCUAGACCCCUUUCAACCCUUCCAUAGCAGCUCCAAGUCUCUAACGUCUUGUACAGCAAUAUCGGACAUUCCGUAUGCAGCACAUUCCAAUAUUUCCCCAAUUGGAGACUAAUAGGCCCCGCAGGUUCAAGCAUUGUGGGCGAAAUUUGCGCCUGACAAGCACCCAGAUUUUGUCCAGGGACAACAGUCCAUGCAUGUCUCCAUACUUUCGCUCUGUAGCUUUUGUGGCCGUAUGCUCAGCGGUAUGGCUCCGGUGCGCCUGAAACUCGCUCUAUGCGCCAUCCCGGUGAAAAAAAAAAUUACUAACGUGCGCAUUUUGGAGCGAACAGGGGUAUCCUCUGAUAUAUUGCACCGGAAGUACGGACUCCAACGUCUUUGGUUGAUCGUGGCGUCGGCGACCGUAUUUUCCCUGGCGCAAUUAUGUGCACUAACUGUUGAGAACCCUAAUUGGCUCUGGUUGGUGUCUUCGUUGAGUGGUUUUGGAUACGGUUUUCUGUUUGGUGUGUAUCCAACAAUAGUGAGUAAAUUGAUCCCUGAAUGCAUAUGCUCAGCCCUUUUUCAUGCAUAUAUGCCUCCCUUCUCUUCCGAGGUUCUAUAACCCUUCAUUUGCGUGAUGCAGCCUCCUUUAUUCCCUACCACCGUCAGUUGGAGAGCGGCACGGGGCCCGGUACGGCUUGCCAAGAAGUCCCUACUCGAGCACCCCAGAUCCGCGUCGUGACCCUAUCGAUAAGAAAUUUGACUAAUGAAAGUUUGGCACAGAUUUCAGAAGAAUUUGGCCUACAUGGCCUUUCGCAGAACUGGGGCACGAUAACAGUAUCAGCCGUGAUCUCAGGGCAGAUCUUUAAUCUUUUCUACGGUGAGCACGUCACGUUUUCAUCCGACUCUUUUUUUCGCUUUUUUGUUUUUUUUUUCCUUUUUCCACGUCGGUGCGACAGCGCAAGCCUUGUUGUGCCAAAAAAAAAACACACAUCCGGUACCGGAUACCCCCACUCUCUCAUACGUCAGAAGCAAAAUUCCAACGAGGGAAAAAAGCAAAAGAGAAGAAAAAAAAAAGUCCGCUGCAGCAGAAAUACAUAUCAGCUUAUCUCAAGUGGCAAAGUUUUUCUUCAAGAACCCGCCACGUUAUCUCAUCAUUCACCCAAUUUUGCGGCUGAAACAUGGAAGGGUUGUGGAAGAAAGGAAAAAAAAGAAAAGAAAAAAAAGUUCGUCGGCUGACUGAUUUUAUAAUAGGCCAGGUAUAUGAUGACCACAGCAUUAUCACCCCCGAGGGCUCUCGUGAAUGUAAUCUCGGCCUCGAGUGUUACCGUAACAGCUAUUGGAUCACACUCGGAGCUGCAUUGUUUGGCCUUGCUACCGCGCUAGGAACCAUCCAAGGCCAUCGCAGGCGGUCCGGAUAUGGGAAUAUCAGCACUCAUUGAAGCAGGCUGAGGUUGUUGUAGGCUCUCGGCACCACUGCCAAAAACUUAAACCCGUUUUCUCCCUCCCUCCUUUAUUCAGGGCUUUUCCUGUCCGCGCAAAUAUUUCGUCCGAUACCACGUGAAUUAGAUAGCAUUUAAAAUUUAAAUGCCAAUGAAGCAUUGC